ACAGUCGAGUCGUUAUUCAUGCGUCUUACGAUACGAUCCAGUGACUCAGGAACUGCUGCCACUUGUUGGGCCCCUCACUCCUAACCAGUGAUACUAACUACUCAGUUAUCAACUCAAAAAAUUUCGCAUUCCAAUCGGCAAUCAUGAGUGAAGCAGUAGCGGACAUUGCGCUGAUCGGCUUGGCCGUGAUGGGCCAGAAUCUCAUAUUGAAUAUGAACGAUCAUGGGUUUGUCGUUUGCGCUUACAACCGCACGACGAGCAAGGUCAAGGAGUUUCUCGAGAAUGAAGCCAAGGGCACCAAGGUCGUUGGAGCCUACAGCCUCGAGGAGAUGGUCAGCAAGCUGAAGAAACCACGCAGAGUCAUGUUACUUGUUAAAGCCGGACCCGCAGUGGAUGCCUUCAUCAAGAGCCUAGUCCCCCUCCUCUCCCCAGGAGACAUCAUCAUCGACGGUGGAAAUUCUGAAUAUCAAGACACGAAAAGGCGCUCCGAAGAAUUGGAGAAAAACCAGAUACUGUACGUUGGGUGUGGAGUAAGUGGCGGUGAGGAGGGUGCGAGGUAUGGCCCCUCGUUGAUGCCUGGGGGCAAUCCGAAGGCAUGGCCAGCGAUAAAACCGAUAUUCCAGGCGAUCUGUGCCAAGGCCGAUGGAGAGCCUUGCUGCGACUGGGUAGGCGAGACUGGAGCAGGGCAUUUCGUUAAAAUGGUGCACAAUGGCAUUGAAUACGCCGACAUGCAGCUGGUCUCUGAGGCGUAUCAACUUAUGAGAGAUGGCCUGGGGCUCAGCCAAGGGAAAAUGGCCAGUGUGUUCGAUGAAUGGAACAAGGGGGAACUGUCGUCUUAUCUCAUUGAAAUAACUCGUGAUAUACUCAAUUACAAGAAUGAAAAGGGAUAUCUGCUGGAGAGGAUACGAGACACAGCGGGGCAAAAGGGAACGGGCAAGUGGACGGUCAUUGCUGCACUGGAGUACGGAGUGCCAGUCACUCUGAUUGGAGAGUCGGUGUUCGCUAGGUGCUUGUCGUCGUUGGCGAGCGAGAGAACUGAAGCACAUUCGAUAUUCAAUGACGAGCAGAUUGAGGCUUUCAAGGGGGACCAGAAACAAUUUUUGCAGCAACUGAAGAAUGCUAUUUAUCUGGCGAAGAUUGUCUCUUAUGCACAGGGCUUCAUGCUGCUCAGGGAUGCUGCCAAGGUCAAUAAUUGGAACUUGAAUUAUGGGGGAAUUGCACUCAUGUGGAGGGGUGGCUGCAUUAUCAGAAGUGUAUUCCUUGGAAACAUAAAACAAGCAUUCGACAAAAAUCCAAAAUUAUCGAAUCUCCUGUUCGACGAUUUCUUCGCCAAAGCAGUGAAAAGAUGUAGAUCAAGUCUUCGAGAUGUCCUAGCCACUGCAGAUACCCAGGGUAUUCCAACUCCAGUACUCUCAGCUGCUCGUAAUUUCUACGACAGCAUUCGUCGCAACCGUCUACCCACGAAUCUCAUCCAGGCACAGAGGGAUUACUUCGGUGCCCACACUUACGAACUUGUGGACGAUGUGGGACGUUUUGUUCACACCAACUGGACUGGGAAGGGUGGCAAUACAUCAGCCUCAACGUACGAUGCCUGAGAGCUAACAAUUAAUAUUCCUAUGGGGUGAUACUAGGGUUAAUUUUAAGGCAGUACAAAAUGAACAAAUCUACCUACAUGAUACUGUUAUGCUGUUCCAAAUAGUGUGGUUGUGUAUUUAAGACUAUUCCAUAUUUUUGUAUGUCAAUGAUAAUGAGCUGAUUGAAUUGACAACAAUAAAGUUGUUAGAGAAUUAAAUAUUUCACUGAAUUA